AGGAGGGAAAACUGAACUUCACGAACUUCAUGAACAUCCUGAGCGUUUACAUGGUGGACGACGACGAUGAUGACGAGGCGAUGUACCAGGAACUGAAGGAGGCGUUCAGGCUCUACGACAGAGGGGGCGAUGGCUACAUCACCACAGCCACUCUCAAGGAGAUUUUGAAGGAACUUGACAACAAGCUUAGCAACGAGGACCUAGAUGGCAUCAUCGACGAGAUUGACGAGGAUGGCUCUGGCACGGUGGAUUUCGAUGAGUUCAUGGAGAUGAUGACUGGCUAAAGGAACGAGACAGGAAAAUGAAUUAUGCCUACUUGGUUUAAGGUCCCCUAGUAAAUACUUAUAUAUUUGAAUUUUACGAAAGAAAAUAGUUGGCAUUGAAAUGUGGCUGCAAUUAAUAAUAUUGGCUUGAGUAAAAUUUUUGAAACCUGUACAAUGGUAAAAAGCAACACAAUAUGUGUAUAUAAACUGCAAUGAAAAUAAAACAUAUAUAAAAAAUAUAUAUAUAAAAUACAGAAAAAAAAGUGUUUUGGGCUAUAAAGUUUAUGUUCCUGCCGAAUUAUGUUUAAUUAGCCUGUGAUAGAAAUAUAUAUAGUCUUUUCUAAUUAUGAUUUGACCUAUUUUUGCUGGUAUCAAGUAAGAAAAAUAACUAUGUAUGCCGUAUUUUAGGAUAGAAGACUGUGCGCACUUUAAUGAUUUUUGAUUUGUGAAACGAUUUCUUGAUACCUCUGUGUAAUUGCAAGUUUAUUGCAGUGAUCUGUGUUUUCUGUUUUGUAUCGUUUGUAUUACAUUUUACUAAUAAAAUCAUCAGGCCUGGA